AUGCUGCCAGCCACACAAACUUGGGCGACGCUGGUCCUCGGUCUCGUGUCUCUCUGGUUCGCCAUCCGGUACUGGGGCUUUCCGCUGCUCGCCAGAGUCCUCGGUAAUGUCAGAGUCAAUCGCCUGACACCAUUCUCCGCUCGUAACAUCGAAUGGCGAAAGGAGAAGGAUGCGGUCUUGCCCACGCUCAAGGUCAAGAAAGCGGGCUGGAGCUGGGGCGGGAUGGAGGAGGCAGAGACUGGCCUCUUUGUUCUUAGCAUCGAGGGAGUGACGCUGCGGAUCAAGGAGAGUGACAAGAAGGGGAGUAGCGACCGACCUCGACUCUCCGCGACCAAGCAGCGCAUUGCUUCUUGGCUUCUCCACCUCACUAUCCAUCACUAUCCCAUCCUCGCUCGCAUCAUCUCCAUACGGAUAUCGGACAUCCGUCUCAUCCUCGAUGAUCUUGACGAGCUCGAGUGCUCAAUCGACGACAUCCGUCUCGGAGCAGCUGUUCAUUUCGGCGGUCACACCGAACUACCUCCAGCGACGGGUAUCAUGUCGCCUCCCACAUCCCCGGAACCCAAUCAUUCUCAGUAUCACACUCGCUCCCAAUCACCCCCGCCAUCCCCUACCACCCACACCUCGACCAAUCCCUCGCAAUACCCCAAAAAGACGCGGUACACCCGGGUCAUGUCAACAGCAGGCCAGGUCUUCUCGAGAGCUAUCGGUCGAGCACACGGAUCCAUCGCGCUCAACAUGGCGAUCGUCAACAUCGCUCUUGUCCUACCGCACCAGGACACGGUCCCAAUCACAUCGGCGCAAUCCCCCUUGGCGUCAUCCAUGCCGUCCUUCUACCGCAAAUUGUCUUCCAGACCGCCUCAGGUGUCGGCAGACGACGGUCUGGGGUACACGACGCUGGCUAGUGUCUGUGGGUGUUCCAAGGCCCGACUGGGUCUAGGCUUCGGGCCAAAGAAGGGGCUUUUGGCAGAGGACACCCUCAAGGCAGCGCUCGAGCUGGGAGUAGUCAAGGUCAGCAUUCGUGGGGCGGAGACCUUGAAGAGUCUUGCAGAGCGGCGGCGAGGCAAGUCACCUGCGCCCAGUGGGGCAGCAAAGUUUGAUUGGAGUCCGACAUCCAUGCCAAGAGUCAUUCUUCGCGCUUUCGAGCAGGGCUCGCUCUCGGUCGAGAAGGCCAGCAUCUUUCAUGACCUCCCCAAGGCCUCGUCCCGCCCGGCGUCUGCGUCCUCCUCUGCAACCGACAUCACCCUCACUCCCUCCCACAACGACGACCACUUUGCUCUCUCCCUCGAUAUCGACGCCUUCGCGGUCAUCCUCACCGCCGCUGACUCGUCUAAUAACGAGCGGGCCAAAAACGCCUUUGGCACCAACAACAAGAGCUCAUCCCGAGUCCGCGGUGUCGGUUUGGGGAUGCAGUGGAACGAAGUGUCUCUGCACGUCAUCUCGCCGGGCGAGGAUGAUCGCGACAAGACGCAGCUCUUUGCCAUUAGGCAGGCGGACUUUGAAGGUCUCAGUACCUGGAGACCGGCCGGAUGGAGUCGGGAAGAGCUGCUCUUUGCGAGCGACCCAAACAUCUCCCUCGUCGUCGAAAGGGCAAGCAUCGCGUCGAUCGACGUUGCCGCUGAUCUGGCGCUUCUCAACGAUCUUCGAGCGGCAGCCGAGGACUUCAGGCGAGCUCGGUCAGAAAAGCCAUCGGCCGCGGCAACGGCCCCUGGACCUGCCCACCGUCCUCGCUGCCCACAGCUCCCACCCCGCCUUCGCCUCGUCCUCGACGUCGGUCCUGUCAUGAUCGCCAUCACGGACAAGGUCAAAGAUCAGCACAUGACGGUCUCUAUCGCGUCGGACGGCUUUCAUUUCGGCUGCUACACCACAUUUGAGGACGUCAUCGGCCGACGGAGCGCGACGGAGCAGCAAAAGGCGUUCAAGGAGGAAGAGGCGCUCUUUGCCCGCAGGCAAGCGGCUGGGGCGGACUUUGACGGACAGCUGGCAAAUGACAAGCACCGCCCUCAGCAUCGGCGGGUGCAAGUCUCCAAGCCAGCUGAACUGCCGGACGAGCUAUCGUUCCGGAUGCACGUCGAGUCCAAUCUCGAGAUCGAGCCGAUCUUGGUGUACCUCAACGUCGAUAAGCCGAUGGCUUCGUUUGAGCUGUUGUCCAUCGGCAAGGCGCACGGGAACGCCAGCGGGUCCAUUGGCGGACAAGUCGUCGUCGAUGGCGAGGGCGUCGACUCGCCAAGCCUCGACUGGGACACCAUAUCGAUGAAUGUCGAUAUCGGCGUCGAUGGCGGGAUCCAGGCGCACGUAUGGGAGCCCGCAGUCCUCCAGGCGCUGGCUUCAAUGGGGCAGAAGCGGCAAGCCUCGUCGUCCCCAUCCUCUCUGCCCUGCAACAAGCCUCGUCGCAAUCCGCUCGAACGUCUUCCUAGCGGCGUCUCCUUCCGGCUCUCCCUCGGUACCAUAUCCGCCUUCAUCGGUCACACGGAUCCAAACCCGGCGUGUGAGCAAAAGCUCAUCCGGGGUAUCUGGCUGGAAUCUACCUGCCUCCUCGACUAUGCCUGCUUCGACCGGAGCGGCCAAUACGUCCAACAUCGGAAUCGUACGCUGGACUCAAAGCAACGGUCCGACCUGCGCCUCCGCGAGGACGUUGCAACGCAGGCUAUCGCUUACUGCGAGAGCUUGCGGGAAAAGGGCGGUCGGGCGGCUCUGACGUCGGUCACUGUCUCCGAUUUGAUGGUCAGAUCCGUCUAUGAUGGGCGGCGAUUCAUGGAGGCAGGAGGCGGAAAGACGGGCUUGUCGGAUGACGACCUCUUCGUCACGGAGGUCCUCAGCUCCGAGGCCCAAAAGACCAAGGAGAGCAAGGAGACCGAGGAGACCGAGGAGACCAAGGAGAACAAGGAGACCAAAGAGACCAAGGAAAACAAGGCCAAAGACAUCAUCGCUGCGCCCUGUCGACUCCUGCGCUGCUCGGAGGCGGUCUUCCACGUCAUGCUCCGGCAGGAGGAGCCCACCGCUCCCCUCGAGCUCAAAGUGACCGCCAAACUCAGCCGGCCAGUCUUCCAUAUCGACAUGUCGCAAGUCUACUCGGCGCUCGUGGCCACCCUCCCGCUCCGUCGGCUCUCCGCAGCGUGGAGACGGCCCAGCUCGCACCAUCUUUCUCAGCCCCGCUCGCAAUCGAUGAGCGUGCAGGUCGACCUGCCUGCCCUCACCCUGCACGUCGGACUGCCGCUCACGACAUCGGUCGUAUUGGACAUCGGCGCCGUCUCGUUCAGUAAACCUCCCGAAGAAGGAUUCGUCAGUACGGUUGCGAGGGUACAGCUGUACAUCCCUCAAAAGGACGAGGACGGCGAACGCGUCUGGCGGGAGCUCGGUCGGAUCAGGGAGAUGAGGGUGGUGUCGGCCAAGCCGGUACCGGGAGAGAUCCCCGUCUUUACCAUCAGCGCCGAAUGCUUCCGGGUAUCCAUACCCCACAAGUACCUUUUGAACGACUUGAUCUUGAACCUCAAUGUCUCGUUCAAGUCGCUCAAAACACUCGUCGGUAAUCUUCGGGGCGAAAGCUUCUCGACCCGCUUCGAGCCGCAAGCGGAGCAGCCCAAGCGCCUGCCCCGUAUCCACCUAUCGGUCCGGUACUUUAGCUUUGAGGCUCUGGACGAUCCACUCGAGUCCAGGCUCAACCUCGUCCUUCGGAGCGGGCUGGUGGAGAAGGCAUGGAGGAACGAGACGGAAGAUGCCUUCCAGGCCAAGGUGGAGAUGAUGCAGUCGGCGGAGGUGGCCGAGAGCCUCGAGGCGGGAGGUGGAAAAGGCGCGCGUCUGACCCGGAACGCAACAGUUUCGGUCGAGGAGGCUAGACGGGCUCUGGACCUUAAGCAGGCGGAGUCUCACAAGGCGCGCUAUGCCAGCGGGAGGGCCAAGAUCUACAAGGAGGAGAAGGAUAAGCGGCGCCCGUACCACAUCCCAAACCCAGACGGGUACCUCAAGCUCCGCAUCCCCGAGCGGGAUCCCGCCCCACCCCUCUUCCGGGUCGCUUUCGAACGGCUGGAGCUGGACGCUUCAGCGUUGACGUGGAGUCAAGAGCAGAUUGUCGACUACAUGUCGGCGUGCUCGGCCACUCCGUUUGACAAAGGCGUCGGAUUCUCGCUCAUGGUCCCACUUCAGCUCAAGUGGACCAUGCACUCGGCGGAUUUCCGGCUCAGGGAUUAUCCUCUUCCCCUGAUCGGUCUCCGGUCAAGCGAUCCCGACGUCCCGGUCUGGUCGCUCGAGACCCCAUUCGUCAUCGCCGAGGACCUCCAUGGUCCUGAUACCUGGUUCCCGGUCGCGACCGAGAUCCUGCCCGCCGGUCUUGGCGCAUCCGACGCCGCUCCGCUGUCAAUCGCCGUGCAAAAGACUAUCACGCCGGUGAAGACUUACACCCAACCUGUCGUCGCUAUCCAGUCGGCGAUUACGUCGGAAUUUGCAUGGGCAAACUCGUACCAGUCCACGAUCCAGGAUAUGACGAGGAUCUUUGACGGGAUUACUAGUCCGAUGAAGGACCCGUCGGAGAAGCCUGGGUUCUGGGACAAGUUCAGGUUGACCUUGCACUGGAAGGUCCAGCUGGACUUUACGGGCCCGGUCCACCUGCACGCCAAGGGCUCAUCCGAUCCGUACUGCGUCACCGGACACGGCGCCGGCUUUGCCUUCGCGUGGCCCCAUGGUACUCGCUUCCGGAUCGGCUACCCGAACGACCAGUACGAGCUCAUCCAAGCCGAGAGUGAGGACCUCAUGGUGGUCAUCCCGGACUUGUCUGCGGCGCCCCGCCCAGUCCCGCCAGAAUCCCCGCCCCCAGCUGAGACCGACGAGCAGCGCAUCCGUCGGCAAUACACCAAGCCAUGCGCUCAGUUCGUCGGCGGAAUCCGGAUCGGCUUUGGUUUCCGGUUCGAGCGUACAUGCCGGCCCUGGAACUGUACCGAAGGGUGCGGAGACACAGAGCAUACUGCUAGGCGGCAGUGUCGCUUCUUUGACUUCAAGAGGCACCAGGAUGUCAUUCUGAGGAACAAGGAGGCCGUGGAGAGGGCAGAGAAGCAGCUCGGACAUCCGUCUGAUUCCCAGGAAGGCUUCCGCUCCGACCACAUCCACUUUUCGGUUUCGUGCGUUUCAACUCGGACCGGCAAAUCGGCCAAAUCGCAAACCAUCCUCGAUCGGCCAAGCGGGAUGCACCUCAGCCCGAAGGCCUUUGCCCACUUCUACGCCUGGUGGCGUCUCUUCGAUGGUCGUAUGUCCUUGACAAUGCGCAAGGGCGCCCUAUUCCCCGACUCACCGCCCGCGAGCAAGAAGUUCGGCAAGAACCUUGGUACCAUCAAGUUCUUGCUGGACAUUGCCGACUUGGCGGUCUCGCACGUCUACGGGCAAGUCUCGGAAGCUGCUCUAUCCGCCGGUAGGGCCCGGUCCCUCGGCGUCAAGGCGCGGUUCGGGCGUAUACGGGCGGACGCCCAUAUGCGGCGCCAGGAGCAGGUGGUCUGGCACGAGAUGUUGAACCGGGUGCAGUCCAAACCGCACAAGGCGUUCUACGCAGCCGAUGUCCUCCUGGAUGAUGUGCUGCUCAAAGGCAUCAUUGCGGAAUUCGUCGAGACGCGGUCUCCGCACUCAAAGGUGACGGGUCCUUCGGCAAUCGAAUCCGCCAGCCCACCAGUCCACGCAGCGGAUCUGCCGGAGGACCAAAGACUUUGGUACGACCCGUACGAUUAUAUCGAUGCUGACCGCAAACCCGCCGAUCUCAAUCCCACUUUCGACUUGGUCGAUCUCGGAGACUGUCCUCAAGCUUCUCUGGGCAUGCGGGGGAAGGCUCGUCAAUCCUCUUCGGAUGACGACGAUGCCCACAAUCGCGAACAAGCUCCUGAUAUGGAGACUACCAAAUUCGGGCAUGAGGAGACGCAUGUCUGCUAUCUAGGCAAGGGGGAGAGCGAGUCUGUCGUCCAAGUGAAGCAGUUUGAGCGAAGGGUGGCGGAGCUGUUGCGAGAGCUACAGGAUCACCAGGAGGGUGGUGAGACUAAGGUACGCCUGAGUCUGUCCGAAUCAGCUUGUAAGCACCGAAUACGCUCCAUCCAGAAGGAGAUGGACUCGCUUCGGAAGCCUUCAGAGGAGCAGCAUGACGGGGGAGGCGAUGAGGAUACUUUCCAACGCCAAGUCCAGAUACACUGUCCCAGGAUAGUGUGGGAUCCAAGAGCGAGAAACUUGGUCUUCCGUUAUUACCACUCCAGCCAGGACAGGAAGCGAGAGGAAUCGACUACCUCGUACAGCUUCCUGCACCAGAUUCGAACUGGACUGUCGAGACUACCGCAGCAACGCCAAGAUCUCCUCUCCGCUGAUUCGUCCGCAGAGGAGACCGCCGCCUUCACCGUGGAGAGGGAACUCGAGCAACUCCAAGCCUGCGGCGAAAACUCUCGAGUCUUCGAGCUCCCUUCCGACGUCGGUCUCUCGGGUAGCGAUCGUCGCCUCGCAGAGAUCGGCAUCCCGGUCGAUUGCGCCCUUCUUGCCAUGUAUGACGUCCGGCUUGUCAAGCCUCAGGUCAUGUUGAGAAGUGACACCGACGCCAAGGCCACGAUCCUGAUCUCCGUCGAAGAGGCGACAGGUCAGGUCUUUGAUGUCAACGAUCCGGCGAGUGGCCAUCGGUCUGCGGAGAAGAUCCUCUCCAGGCAUUAUUUGCAUCUCCGAGGUCUCCAAGCUUUCCACCCAAAUGGAAAGCACAUGCUCCCCUCGCGCACGUCGGGUGAUCUUGGCUUCCUCCCCCUCGAAAUCUUCCUGGACGCAAAGAAUGAAGCGACCGACUACCAGCGAAUCGUCUCCCGGGCGGACGUUGGUAUAUCCUUCGACAAGUUCAAUCAUCUCCGCCUGCCACGUCAGACACAAUGGCCCCUCGCCCGGGAUCAUCACGGCAUGCCGGUCCAGCACUUGCGGCUCCACCAAGACGUGCUCAACAUUGUCUUGCCCCGCAUGACCGUAUCGGCGACCAGCGUGCAGUUUGGCGCAAUGUACAACAUCGCCACAGAUCUCCUGCGGUACCAGGAUCCGGAGCAUGCCGAGCGGGCGAAGCGGAUCGACAGUUUCUUGCUGGCCUUUGACCGCAAGGAUCGCGAUCCUGCUCGGACUAUCAUCGACAUCUAUCACCAGCAGCAUGCGGUGAUCGAGCUUCGGCGGGUGGUGCAAUCUUACGAGGCGGACAUUGACGGGUUGUCGGAGAGCGAGCGGCGGGAGCUGCUCUCCCUACGGAACGACCUGCUGGAAGAGAUGGACCGUCUUUUCACCAUCUCUGAUGCGAUCGCCGUUGCUAUCAAACGGGAGAAAGCGAGAGCUUCGCUCGUCCACUCCACCCGGACCAACGUCAAGGUGGGCAGUAUCGCCUGGGAUAUGCUCCAGAAAGAUUCCAGGUCACUGGUCAAGCUCGACGUGGACGGCUUCCUCCUCGCGUGGGUGGUCAACAAGGACAACUCGACCGACUUGGCCUUCCGCGUCAACGACCUCAUGGCGCUGAACAGCGAUCCCGGAGCGCACUUCUUCGAGGUGCUCACUCGGCUCGACCACAAGGGGUUGAUCAAGGGCAUGGGCGGGCACAAAGGAGACCCGAAUACCCUUUCCGCCAGCAACCUCGACCUCGCCCCCCUUGCUCGGUCCAAGUCGUCGAUCUCGGUCACUUCUCAAGCUUCGGGAGUCGAUCGAGCCAGAGGGGACGAGAGGAUCACCCUAGUGUCGAGCAAGGACGCGGAGGAGAUGAGGCAACGAGCCUCGUCUUUGAAGCACUGGCAUCAGGUGAAAAUUGAUGCUACAACCAUCAGUCUCUCCUUCAAGAGCAACCCAAACCGGAAACGCAGGCCGUUGAGCUUACCGGACUGCGCAGACCUCCGCGUCAAGACUCCAGGUCUGCAGUACACCAACGUGAACUGGGGUUGGUCUUCACUGUUUGACGCCUUCAUACGAGACGUCAAGAGCCACGCCUGGUCCCAGUCUGGAAAGAUUGUUCAUCAAGUGAUCACCGGCUCCUCGCUCUUUCAAAGUCAAAAGGCCCUCGCUGCUAGGCUCGCGCGGAUUCACGCGGACUUUCCCGCUCGACUAUCCUCUUCGUCUCGACUGCGGGAUGAUUCCGACCCGGCAUCCACACCUAGCUCUACCGCGCACGACUCAACGGUCAACCCCCUUCUUCGUGCCAUCUCGAGAAAGAGCCUCAGCGUCGGACCAGAUGGCGACAACUCGCCUGCGAGCCCACGCUCCUUCGCUCGCAUCCGGAAGAUCAGCGACUCCGGGCGGUCUAUAGCCUCCAGGUCACCGAGCGGUGAUGCGGUGCGGAAGGGAGCGGAUGACAGCAGUGGAAGCACGAGGUCAGGUAGUGAGGGGGAAGAGAUGGAGGGACACCAUAUGGAUGGGGACGGAGAGGGGUCGAAGCUGGGCAAGGUCAAGGGGUUCUUUGGCAGGCUGGGCCGAAAGCGGGACGAUAGGAACGCCUCAGCAGAUGAUGUGAGUAACACUUCGGUAGAAUGA